CGAAGACGGCUUGGUGUUUCGACAAAAGCAGGAUACAUAAAGACGCCGUAAACAAAAUUGAGCAAGCUGAGACACAAAUAACUAAAAAAAAUCUUGAAAUUAAAGUUUUACUGAAUAAAUUUAAAUAAAAAUGUCCGUACAAACAUACGGUGAUAAACCAGUGGCUUUUCAGCUGGAGGAGGGUGGAGAAUACUAUUAUGUCGGUUCUGAAGUCGGAAAUUACUUGAGGCUAUUUCGUGGUAUUCUAUACAAAAAAUAUCCCGGCAUGACUCGUAUUGUUUUGUCAAAUGAGGAACGCAAAAGACUGGCAGAUUCAGGAUUGAGUCCUCAUAUCUUGGCAAGCUCUGUUUCAUUGCUGAGGGCAUGCGAGGUAGAUGACAUUAUUGCGGGAAAUGAUGAAAAGUAUCGUGCUAUUUCCGUCAACACAUCUGAUGCACCAUUGCCCCGUGAAAGUAAAUCCAAGAAACAACCACAAUAUGUACCCACUAUGCCAAACUCAUCUCACUUGGAUGCUGUUCCCCAGGCAACACCGAUAAAUCGUAAUCGGGUCCACACCAAAAAGAUUCGAACAUUCCCAAUAUGCUUUGACGACACCGAUCCCACCGCCAAUUUGGAAAAUGCCGCCCAGAAGGAAUGUUUGGUUCCCAUUCGUCUGGACAUGGAAUUGGAAGGGCAAAAGCUUCGUGACACAUUUACGUGGAAUAAAAAUGAAAGUAUGAUUACGCCCGAACAAUUUGCUGAAGUGUUGUGCGAUGAUUUGGAUUUAAAUCCCAUACCAUUUGUACCGGCUAUUUCUCAGGCCAUACGACAACAGAUCGAGGCAUUUCCCAGUGAUCCACCCAUCAUUGAAGAAGGUUCAGAUCAACGAGUUAUUGUUAAACUUAACAUACAUGUUGGUAACACAUCUCUAGUUGAUCAAGUUGAGUGGGAUAUGUCCGAGAAAAAUAACAAUCCUGAGGAAUUUGCCAUCAAGUUGUGUGCCGAGCUAGGGCUGGGUGGAGAAUUCGUCACUGCAAUUGCAUAUAGUAUUCGUGGUCAAUUGUCCUGGCAUUGUCGCACAUAUGCCUUUAGCGAGGCCCCGCUCUCUACCAUUGAUGUACCCUUCCGUAAUCCAAGUGAUGCCGAUGCUUGGGCACCAUUCCUGGAGACAUUGACAGAUGCCGAGAUGGAAAAGAAGAUACGCGAUCAAGACAGAAACACCAGACGCAUGCGUCGUUUGGCCAACACAACAACCGGAUGGUGAAUUGUUUAUUGAAAUACCUCGUAUGACAUGCUUUUUAAACAAGUCCAAGGGCUGAUUAUCGAAUCCGUAAAGGAGAAAUAUUUAAUAGCUAAGAAAAUGAUUUCUCUGAUAAUACAUUUUUAUAUCCCACUCAUUACUAUACCCAUUGGCUAAAAUAUAUGUAUGUCUUAAAAUAAGAAUAUCUGUUUUAAAGAUUUUUUAUUAUUUGUAUAUGUAUAUAUUUUUUUCUUAUCAAUAAAUUAUAAGACAUCAA